GACUGUGCCUGUGAUGAGCCGUGGCCCGCCUCGAGCCCAGCCCUCGGGCACGCCUCCCCGACUGCUCCCGGCUGCGCCGCCCACCACCGCGCCGCGCGCCCUGCUCCCGCCGUGGCCCCGACGACCGGGUCGCCACUGGCCCGCGUCUCCGCUCGGCAUGAAGGUGUUCCGCAGAAAGGCUCUGGUGCUGUGCGCUGGCUAUGCGCUGCUGCUGGUGCUCACCAUGCUCAACCUCCUGGACUACAAGUGGCACAAGGAGCCGCUGCAGCAGUGCAGCCCCGACGGGCCGCUGGGCGCCGCGGCGGGGGGCGGCUGGGGGCGUCCUGGUUCGCCUCCAGCAGCGCCGCCCCGAGCGCACACUCGCUUUGACCUCCGCACUCCGUACCACUCGCCAGCUAACGCCAUCGCGGCUGGCGCUUCAGGAGUCGCGGCCCCUCCGGGCAAUGGCAGCCGGGGCGGCGGGGGUAGUGGGGACAAGCGACAGCUGGUGUAUGUGUUCACCACAUGGCGCUCAGGCUCGUCUUUUUUCGGCGAGCUUUUCAACCAGAACCCCGAGGUGUUCUUUCUUUACGAGCCAGUGUGGCACGUGUGGCAAAAGCUGUACCCAGGGGAUGCCGUUUCCCUCCAGGGGGCGGCUCGGGACAUGCUGAGCGCUCUUUAUCGUUGCGACCUCUCUGUCUUCCAGUUGUACAGCCCCGCAGGCAGCGGGGGGCGCAACCUCACCACUUUGGGCAUCUUCGGUGCAGCCACCAACAAGGUGGUAUGUUCGUCGCCCCUCUGUCCCGCCUAUCGUAAGGAAGUCGUGGGGCUCGUGGACGACCGUGUGUGCAAGAAGUGCCCACCGCAGCGCCUGGCCCGAUUCGAAGAGGAGUGCCGAAAGUACCACACACUUGUCAUCAAGGGUGUACGGGUCUUUGAUGUGGCUGUAUUGGCGCCACUGCUGAGAGACCCGGCCCUGGACCUCAAGGUCAUCCACCUGGUUCGCGAUCCCCGCGCGGUGGCCAGCUCGAGAAUCCGCUCACGCCACGGCCUCAUCCGAGAGAGCCUGCAGGUGGUGCGUAGCCGGGACCCACGUGCCCACCGCAUGCCCUUUCUGGAGGCCGCAGGCCAUAAGCUGGGCGCUAAGAAGGAGAGCAUGAGUGGUCCAGCUGACUACCAUGCACUCGGAGCCAUGGAGGUCAUAUGCAACAGCAUGGCCAAGACGCUACAGACAGCCCUGCAGCCCCCUGACUGGCUGCAGGGCCACUACCUGGUGGUGCGGUACGAGGACCUGGUGGGAGACCCUGUCAAGACUCUUAGGAGGGUAUAUGAUUUCGUGGGUCUGCUGGUAAGUCCCGAGAUGGAGCAAUUUGCUCUGAACAUGACUAGUGGCUCGGGCUCCUCCUCCAAGCCCUUCGUGGUGUCUGCCCGCAAUGCCACGCAGGCUGCCAAUGCCUGGCGGACCGCCCUCACCUUCCAGCAGAUCAAACAGGUGGAGGAGUUUUGCUAUCAGCCCAUGGCGGUGCUUGGCUAUGAGCGCGUCAACAGCCCUGAGGAGGUCAAAGACCUCAGCAAGACUCUGCUCCGGAAGCCCCGGCUGUAAGAGAGCUUCUGGGGUG